AUGGAUCCAUCUUCAAUACCUCCAUUAUAUGGUACUUCAGAGCAAGUAAAAUUUCAAACAUCGAUUCAAUCCACCAGCACAUCGCGAUUACCACUCUCUGAAGUGCAACAAGAAACACCAGAAACACCCGAAUUAUCGCCUGUGCCCUGCGAGGAGAACCACGAAGGAAUUCCCGAAUCUGUAGAGUACGAACGCUUGUCCGAAUUGAAAAAAGUCGUCAGUGAGCAUGCGUCAAAAGAAGCGAACGCAAAUGGACCCGGCGUGGCUAAAGGAAGUGCUACAGCUCUUUCUCAGAGUGCAAUGAGCAAAUAUGCGACGGCUAUUAGUAAAGAGACAGGUAUCGCUCAUACGACGGUUCAAGGUGUGGAGAUGGCGGAUAAACCAAUCGAUGAGACUCAACUGGCCGAAGAAUUGAAGAAUGAGACUGAACAGCGCAAAUUCUUCGAAAUCGCGACGCAAGGGAAAGUCAUACCCGGUGGUCCAGCUGAAAAGGUAGAAGAAGCUGCCGAGAGGCUAGAAAAAGUCGCAAGUCUUGAUGGUAAUACCAAAAAUCAAACACCAACUGUGCCACUUGACGAAGGAAUUCCCCCGUCCGUAGAAUGCCAACGCUUGUCUGAAUUGAAAAAAGUUGUCCAUGACCAUACGUUAAAUGAAGGACCCGAGGUGCCUAAAGGAAGUGCUACUUCUCUUGCUCAAAGUGCAAUGGGCAAAUAUGCAACGGUUAUUAGUGAAGAGGCAGGUCUCGAUCCUUCGAUGGUUCAACAUGUAGGGAUGGAAAAGCAGCCAGUCGAUGAGGUUCGACUGGCUAAAGAACUGAAGAAUGAGGCCGAACAGCGCAAACUCUUCGAAAUCGUGACGCAAGGGAAAGUCCUACCGCGUGGUCCAGCUAAAAAAGUAGAAGAAGCUUCCGAGAGGCUACACAAAGUCGCAAGUCUUGAUGGUAAUACCGAUAAUGCGACUACUCUAAUGCCGGAAGGUUGCGAAUCCGUUGGAAUGGAGCAUCUUGCUGGUUUAACAGAUAAUGCGGCUAUACACAACCUCGCUGAAGUGAUUUUUGAGGCAGACGAUAGUUCACCUUUUGCUCAGAGCGCAAUGGGAAAUUCCGACGCUGUUACUGCUGUAGAAGCUGAAACACAAACUGUAGACGCAGACUCUACACAACUACGGGAUGAACUGAAGGCGAGUAGAAUCAUAUUUGAAGAAGAAGCAGCUAUCCAUGACACUCAAAAAAGAAGCGAUUUAUUAGCGAAUAUGCUGUCAGAGGCAAUCAAGGACGAAAUCACCGAGAGGAUAACUGAAUCGUAUCCGCAAGUACUAUCUCAAGCAGAUCCUAUAAGCACAAUGCCCGAGGCUAUCCCACCUGAACAAGAGCUUGCUCACUUGGCUGCUCUGAAAUAUGUUGCUCUCAGACAUGGUCGUGAGGAUCAAGUAGAACGUGGUAGGAUUGUGAGUCUUAUAGAGAAUGCAAUAAACAAGUAUGCAGCGGCUAUGUCCAAAGCGACAGUAAUGCCUUCUUACCACGCUGCGCAAGAAAAUGUUGAGCUCCAAGAAGAAAUAGAUGAAGAGAAACUUUUGCUGGCAUUAAAGCUUGAAGGUAAUCGACGUCGCAAAAACGAAUUGCGUGAACGUGGAAAAUUAAAAGACGAGUCAAAUUCAUCUGCUGCUAUGGCGGAACAAGCCGUUCAGUUAUUUGAAGAGGCCGUCAAACUGUCGAAAAUGAUUAAAGAGCCCAGCGUCACGACCGUCACCACCACUAACAUUUUCCAUAGCGGUUUAGUGUGUUGA